UAAAGCCUCUGUGUUUUGCUCUACGACUGAGACUGCGUGAGGCUUGUUCCAUCAGGUGACCAAUUAGAAACCAGGAUAGUUCGUGUUUGGCCAAUCACAGCUUGUCUUGCCACAGUGCGCGGCUGGUUUGAUCGCUGUUCCUCAGAAGGAAGAUGGCGGAGAGUUGUAUGAUGGCGCUGUGACUGGAUUCAAUGACUCUUUUACCGUAAAACGGAGUUUCCAUGGCUCCUUCACACAAUGUUGUGUUGUUGGUGGACACUGCGGAGUCUUCUGACAAGAGCCGGCUCAGACGGGUGUCCCUCCGGCUGCUCAAUUUCCUAGCUUGCCGAGCGGGCCUGGGGCAGGUCAGGUGGAGUUACCGCUUUUUAAACUCUUUGGGUGCUCGUUGUCGGCCUCCACGUCGCUCCGACUUGCGAGAACUUGGUCCUAGAGGUUGGGAAGAGUUUGAAGAUGAGCUGGAGGCAUGCUGGGAGCGGGCACGGAACUGCCGGCCCUCCGGUACUCAGAGCUGCAGGGCGCAGCUGCUCCAGACUGCCCUGAUGGAGACAUUAGCAGAUUUCCAGUGGGACCGGCCGGACAUUACCUCUCCAGCUAAACCCGCUGUGCUGAGAAGUCGCAGGGGGCGGAUUGUCGGGGUGGACGAACCAUUGAAGUCUCUUGAUAAUCUUAUCAAUCCGAACUGCAGGAACAGCAUAUUCCUUCUCUCGCCUUGUCCUCACUCCCGCACCGAGCUCGGCCACUUUGCCUCGGCAAGUGGCCACUUUGGCACUCAGAUAGUCAUGGACAAGCUCCUGCCCAAGAGCCUACAGAAGAUUGUCAGCAGCAAGAGAGUCAGUGUGUACUGGCUGGACUCCUCAGACUGGACAGAGUUUGGGAGUUCCUCUGAUCAUUCUGGUUACUGGACAAUGGUCGAGUUGAUGCAUCUAGUGGAAGGAAGAAUUUUGCCAUGCGAAUCUAUACUAGUAUCUUCCUGCCAGAAAGCAAAGACACUUGCUUCAUUCCCUGUUCCACCUCUAAAUAUCCCUUUUGAGUCUGUUUUGAAUUACUUGAUCUUCAGUAACCCAGAUUACCAGUUAUGGUUUCCUCGGCGAGAUGGCGUAUUAUUCUUCACUGGAAACGGUGGCACAAAACUGUGGGAUUUUGCUGUAACUUUAGAACCUGUUUCAGUGAGUCAGAAACUGCCAACAGGGAUAAUCACCAUCGAAUUAAAAGGAACCAUGCAAAAUUGCAACCUGCAACAAGCAGAUUUAAGAUUGGAGACCUGGCUGCUUCAUAAUUCAGAUUGCCAGGCAUCCUGUGUCCAGCUUCAGGAACUGAUGAAGGAACUAAUGUUAAAAGAGCUACAUAUGAUUGCAACUGUAACCUUAGAGGGUAAUGUGUUACCCAGAACUGGCAUACUGUCUCCAAUUUCAGAAACUGCUGCAGUGCUUAAUGUGAUAAGUAGUGAAAGAACUCUGGGACUAGACAGACUGCAUGUACAAGACUCAAUUAAUGAAACUGAUAAGGAAACCUUCUCUGACUUGCCAGAUAUUGUAAUGAGCGUACUAAAUCAUGUAUACAGCUCUGAAGAUAACACAUUAGUACCUGAUAUUCCAGUUCCAGAGUGGAUUAAACAAGAGCUGUCCCAAAGCAGUAGGUGGACGUCCUCAAUCACUGAAAGAUGGUACCCUUUGUCUGGUGUAUCUGGUGCUAGCUGCAACCUAAUGGAAUCCUUCCGGUUAAUAAAUGCAGCAUCUUCUAACUCUGAUGAACAUCUAAAGGGUGAUCAAGAGCUAACAAAUUAUUUAUCUGAGUUUUAUCAGAAAAAGUCUGUUGAUGACUCUGGACUUGGAGUACAUGGAGAAAACCAAAAGAAACGGGGUCUUCCUCGUACUCCAGUGAGGCAAAAGAUGAAAACCAUGCCUCGGGCUCUACAGAUGCUGAAUGCUGCUAGGUUAAAUGUAAAGGCUCAGAAGGCACAACCAGAUAGUACUUUGCCAGUACUAAAUGAGAAGAAUUCACAGGUGAAGAGAAGAUCAUCAGAAAAGCAGGACGACAAACAAAAGCAAUUAAAGUCUACUGGGUUUCAGUCUGAACAUGAUCUGAUUUGCUACAUUAAAGGAAAUUAUGAGAAAGCUGUAUCUUUAGGAGAUGAGUCAAUGAUGUCUCGGGCCAAGGAUACAUUAGCAACAAUCAAGUCUUACUUGAAAUCAAUUGGCAGUGAACAAACUGAGGCUGACACUGUGGAUAAAGUUAAACUUCUCUUCAAGACAAGCAAAGUUAUCAGGCAGAAUUAUGGAAAUAAUCAGAACAAAGAGGUUAAACUUAGAGAAUGCCAGUUGCAAGUAUUUUUGAGACUAGAGAUGUUUGUCCAGUGUCCAGUAAUACAAAGAGAGACAGAUGAACUGGAGUUGAUUGUUGAAGAGAUUACAGAUCUACUACGCAUUGUUUCUUUAACUGAAGAUCCUUUGUUUCUGACAAAGUUUAUGAAAGAAGAUGUCCUUACAGAAUACAUCACAUCUGUACCGAAAAUCCUGGCAGACAUAUACUUUAGUCUUGGAAUCCAGAUCCCUGAAGAGCUUGCUCUGGUUCUUCCUUCUGAUGGUGAUGAUUCUGUAAUACAUGAAGAGAAAUCUAUAAAGUCUCAGCCAUCCAUCUCCAGAGUCCCAAGUGUGGCUCCAAUAGGUGCAGAGACAGAUCAACUUGAAGACCUACGCACCAGAUCAGCUAAGAAAAGAAGGUCAACUGCCUUGGCAAGGCACAGGAGCGUAGCAGAGAGCUCGCAAAGUUUCCGUCAGAUUGAAGUGCCGAAGAGACAGCUGAACAAAGAAAACUUGCAAUCUAAUGCUGUUGUUGUGAUUGAGAAACUAAAGCUACCUCUCCAACCUCAACCACCGAAAGAUGCUGAAGCAAAAGUAAGAAGAAACUUGUUUGACCAAGAGACCCGUUCACCAACAAAAAGGUGCAGUAAAAUGCCAAGAAGCCAGUCUGUUUCUGCAGUAGAGGGGUUGAAGCGCAAACGCAGCAAAUCUCACGAUGGCAGUAAAGAUCACUACAAGCUGUUGACGAAAAAAGUAUCCGAGACCCCUGCACACAAACAGACGGCAAAUAGACUUCUUCUAAAGCAGAUUAAAGGACGGCCUUCUGAGUCAAACUCCAACAUUAGUAUUGUUGAAGAAUCUCCAGAAAAAGAAAUCCGAGAUAUUGAUUUACGAAGAAGCCCACGCAUCAAGCAUUUAUCUCUGACAAGGAGGAACUCCUCAUCUUUUUAUGCUUCACAGCCAAAAUCUCGUAAUCUGGAGAGGGUGAAUUCUGCUACCCAGUUGCAAUUGUCUAGAGAUCGCACAGGCAGCUGCUCCAAACCUGAGGUAAAAACUCCUAAAAGGCUACUUUUUGGGGAAGUCUUAGGAAUAAUUAGUCCUCCUACAACCAAAAGAUCUAGAAGACAUCUGGACAGUGAUAACUCUGUUUGUAAGACUCCAGGAAGAACUCCUAGGAAAACUCCAAACAAAAAGGUUUCUUAUUUGGAAGACCAGCCAGAAAAGAUGCUCAUUAAAUCCCCUUGCACGCCACGCACUCCAGCCAGAACUCCUAAAAGGUUAAAAACACCUUCCAAAAGUUCAUCAGAAAGAAAAAAAGCUGCUAGAAACCUGGGGAAAUUAUUCUCCCCUUCUAAACCAGAGGAAAAAUCUCCUUUGAAGCCUUGGGGAAGGAGAAGUGAGAGACUAGCACAAAUGACUCCUGGAAAAGAUGGUUCACCAAAUAAGGUAUCUGUCUGUCAGACUUUACAGGAAGUGAAGACGCCUCAAAAGUUACAAAGACUGGAAAGUAAGGAUUUCAGAACCCCUUCUAGGACUUCUAGGAGAAGUAAUAACACUACUCCUGCAAAGCAAAGUGUACAGAUCUCAAACACCCCCAGAAAAUCAGAUCUCAAAUACCCCCAGGAUCUUGACUCUCAUGGACCACCAGGAUAUUUCCUCCGGACACCACAGAAGCAUAUUAUGGCUUCUGUUCCCCAUACACCUAUUCUUCAAACACCACAGAAACCUAUUUUGGUUUCUGUUCCAAAUACACCUGUUUGUCAGACACCGGAGAAAGUAAUUUUGGCUUCUGUUUCCAGAACACCUGUGUGUCAGACCCCACAGAAAACUAUUAUGGAUUCUGUUAUGAGCACACCUGUUCGUAGCACUCCACCGAGACAUGUCUUGGCUUCUGUUCCAAGUACACCUAUCCGUAAAACACCACAGAGAUCUGCUUUGGCUUCUGUUUCUCAUACACCAUCACCAAAAAUGUCCAUUAUGAAGGAACUGACAGUUGCAUUAACUCGCGUGCGAGAAUGCACUCCUGAAAAAGUGAUUGGUUCAAGUUGCUGUGUGUCAUCACCUGUUACUCCCUCAUCUGCACCCAAGUCCUUUUGUUCAGAAAACAAAGUAACGUCUGUUCGUUCAACACCUAAAAAAUCAGUUGCAUUGCUAAAACCUUGUGAUUCACAAGAGUAUUCUGGGGCACCUCUGACAGAGACACUUCAGAAUAAUGACAAAAGUACAAAAGCAGGGACUCCUUGCAGUGUGCCUGCCCAUGUCUCAACGCAAAUGCAGAACGUAACAUUGGCUGCUCAGCCUGGGAAGUGCACUGAUUCUCUUUACCAGAUGUCCGUUUCAUCAUCAAGUAUUCCUUUUACAGAUAAAUGCUUGUCUCCAAAUCUGAAAAAUGCUUUAUCCAGUGUUACAUCAUCAAAAGCUGAAGAGGAUAUAAUAGUAAGUGAAAAGUUUGAUUCCUCUUCUUUAGACAGUCAGGAAGCUACAGAAUCUUUUAUUAACAGCUCUCAAGCAGAGGAAAGUAUUGAUAUUUCAGAAGCUCGAGUUGUGUCAACAGAAGCAUCUGAACUGAAGAUGAAAGUCCUCAUUACGCGAAAACCUUCUGGCUCAGGCCUAAGUUAUCUGCCCACCACUCCGAAGUGUUUGGGAAAUGUUAUUUCCACAUCAACAUAUGGGUUACGAUGUACUCCCGACCGAAGGCAGAGAGAGGCUGCGGCGCGCCUCGGAACUCCUGAGAUUCCUGCAAAGUUCUCAACACCAAAGAGUCGCUGCAAAAUGAUUCCUCAGUCAACAUAUGAAGUUGAGCUUGAAAUGCAGGAGUCUGGUUUGCCGAAACUUCGCUUCAAGCGAACGGACUCAAAUUCCACAAUUGAUAUGGAUGCUAAUAGAACACCAACUAUCUCCAGGAAAAGGAAAGGAGAUGAAAGCCCCUUUAAUGAGAAGUGGUGUGGCAAACAUGCAGUAAGGACUGAAUCUCAUUAUACACCGGGCAAAAGUGGAAUUCAGACUUUAAUUUGUCAGUCUUACACACCUAAUGGGUGUCUUUCCACUGCUGCUUCUCCAUCCCAGUCCGAUGCAGGGGUUCCUUGGACACCAUCCCCUAAACAUAAGGAAAAGAUGAGCACAGAUGUCAUUAAUUGGCCUAGAAAGAAAAAAGCAUCAGCUCUCUGUACAAAUCUUUUGAGAUGUGAUAAGAUUCCAGAGUAUGCAGACAGCCUGCCUAUUCCAGAAGAAUAUGAAGGGGAUUUUGAGCUUGAAGGAGUUUCUAAACUUUUGGAGAAGUCACCAGUUAUUGAACAGCAAAGUAAAGCUGACACGGGGACUUUUGGACUUAGGUCUCGAAAACGAGUCUUCAGUCUUGUGUCCCCUACCAAAGAAACAGAACGUUAUAUUAAAAGAGUGUGCACGUUCAAUAGACAUGAGGAUAGCAGCUCGGACGUGCAGAGACACCAAACCAAGGAAGAAAUGGAAAUCAUCUCGGACAGAAGUUUGUCCUCUAAUUUAAGCUCUUCACAGCAAAGCAUUUGUGAUGAAGUUUUUAAUAUUUCAGGUUUUACCCCACCCAGCAAGGUACCAAAAAAUCCAUUAUCUGCAAGUGGUCUGCUGUCCCUUACUCAGUCCCCUUUGUUAUAUAAAGGAAAAACUCCUUCAUCCAAGCGAAAAGAAAAAAAACAAGAUGUGUUUUCUGAUGGUGACAGUGACCAAGAACCACCAACACUGAAAAGACAAGCAAAUCCAGCUGCUGUUUAUGAUGAUUCUCCCUUUAGUAAAGCCAAUGCUCUUCGUUCUGUCAGCAAGACCUAUAGUCGGAAAAAGCUCAUUACAUAAUGUAUGGGGCUUAUUUGUUGCUUGUUAGGCUGUGUAUGGAGUUUAUUUUUCUCACCAGUUGCAAUGUCAGUGAGGUGGCCUGCACUGAGCAACAGAUUAUUACAAUAGCCAAAGAUUUUCAUGACAUAAGUACUGUGUUGCAUGGGCAGAAGCCAGUAAUUAAAAUAAUGUGUUGCCUUUGCAUUUUCCAAAAAAGGCCAACAUACUUUGCCUAAAUGAGCGUUCAGUACAAUGCACUAUAACUGGCAAGAAAAUGAUUCCUGUGCUGUAUAUCCAAAUAGUGCACGUGUUAAUGUGAUGCAUAAGUUCACUGCCAGGGUCUCCAAGGUUUUCCUUAUACUUGGGCUUUUGCUAAUUAAGCCUAUAUCUUGUACAUGAAUGUAAAUAUCUAAAUGUUUUGUCCCAUAAUGUAUAUUUAAAUUAAAUUUGUAUUUUUUUUUAAUACAGAUCUGUAUUUUUCUAUUUCCAAAUGUUUAAAAAACAUUUGGAGAUACUGAAAUGCAGACAUAUGUAUAUAUGAUGCAGAGAUGAAAAUAUUUUAUUGGGUCAUUUUGUAAUAAUAAACAGUAAUAUGAAUAGUGCUGUGUGCAUGUACAGUAUGUCUCAUGGCUGUGUAUGCAUUAUGUGCCUCAUACACAGGAUCUUACGCCAUUUCCAAACUUUCCCAUAUAACCCCAAAAUGCACAAUCUGGGUUUCCUGGCAACAAGAUAUAAAGGGUUAAAUAUAAGUUAACAAAAGGGCAUCUGGUCCAUGUUUUUUGCCUGUAACUUGUAAGGAGAGUUUUUCUAUGUUUUUUUUUGGUAUUGCUGACUAUUCCCCUGUUGUCAACAGGACUAAAGCAAAAGGCAGUGCUACUAUAAGCAACAAGCGGUGUGUGUUCAUAGGAUGCUGCAAUACUCUGCUCACAUCUAGUGAUGGUUCCCUCCUCUAGCUCUGAACCCAGUGAUUGGGUGUUUACUUACGGCACAAAUAAGCCGUUGUUUCCAAAAUAAAUGCCAAGUCCAGAUAAAUAUGGUCUAAUACAUUUGCAUUUCCGAUGCCAGAACUGUAACAUCACAAGCCAUUUUUAUGUAGCAUUAAUAACUGGCAGAAUUAUUGCACAGUGACUUUCUGUCUCGUAGAGCUUACAAUCUACCUUUAGUAGCACAAGUAGUGGAUUAAAAUGAAUCUCCCUGCCACUGUGACGUUCAGUCUUUCAUAUGGGAAAAGUAUACAUUUAGCUGAACGUCUCUUCCAAAUAGAGGGGAAUACAAAGUCACCUCUUCCGACCAUUUAUUUCUCCUUCCUUCCAUAAUCUCUCUCCAUUCUAAAAUAAUCAUGUUCCUUUUAUUUAGAACACUAGAUGUGUGUGUGUGUAUAAUUUUUCUUAUAGUAAUCUAUAUUGAAGGGGUAUUUCACCUUUAAAGAGAUACUGACUACCUAUCUGAUCCCCCAUGUUUCUCUAUGAGAGGGGUGGCCAUAUUUGUGCAGCAGGAGUCCGUUAGCAUUAGAAGCUAUAACUGACUGGCUGAGUAGGGACAAUUUGGCAAAACCUUUAAUGUAUAUUCAUAUUUCAUGGAGUAGUUGGGGGUCACUGACCCCAGCAGACAAACUGUUGCUCUGUGAUGCUACAGUUUUACUGUUAAUUUCCAUCUAUUAUUCAUGUGUUCCAGUCUCCCAUAUUAGCCACUGCCUGGUUGUUAGGAAGAAUAAGACCCUGCAACCAGAUAGCUGCUACUUUCUCUUUCUGCUAUGCUGAAUGUGGUACUUUGAGCAACCCGACUGUGACUCGCUGCUGAUUGCUGCAAAGGAAAUCUGUAUUAAUGAAAUGUAAAAUUCUGAUUAUGGUGCAUGUGCUGAGGCUAUGAGCAUUAAAUAAGGGCAAUUUCUACAGU